AUGGACAGCGAACUCCGGCGAACUCCUGGGCCGAAGAGCAAGGCCAAGGGAGAUAUUAUGAAAACUCGAGGUGCUGGUGUCAUUGUUGAGAUCGGCGGAAAAUAUAACAGGGGCAGAAAGUUGAGCCAGAUGUGGGUCUUUUGGGGUAAGGAACGUGUAAGUAAAAAGAUAUUCAUUGUGCCAUUCCUGGACAGUGACAGGAGAGCAAAAAGUACUCCAGGAUUUAACCACAUAAUUGAAGGAGUCAACCACAUAAUUGAAGGAUUUAACCACAUAAUUGAAGGAUUUAACACACAAUUGAAGACUUCUGUGACUGAGGCUCGAGUACCAGGAUGGAAAAUGCUUCCAAAGGAGGCAGAGAAGGCCUCGGAGAGUCUUGGAGUCUUUCAACCAUGGUGGAAAGAUUCCUCACGGCGUUUUCAAAAUGGCAGAAUUAUACCUCGAUUUACUCGAGUAAAUAACUGUGAAAUCCCUCCGGACAUGGGCGGCAUGCAUGAAAUCUUCAAUCAUUACAAACGACUAUUUCAGCAUGCAAGAAUACUACAGUCACACGUCUCUGGUGCUUGCUUUGAACCCAGAAACACGAAAAUGUGGCAAGAUAUCUAUGAAGUUACGAGUGAAAUUGAAAAUCUAAUUUUCCGGCUUCAAGAAACCUUACCUGAAGUUUUAAUGGAAUUCAAGCCGAUUCCUACCCGCAGCUGUCCGAACGUAGAGACGAAGCUUCUAAAACUAGAUGUGAGUUAUGACAACGUUCCCCAGGGACGCAGUGUUGAUGGAAGAGCACUUAUCCUUGAUCUGGAAACUCAGACGACCACAAGGAGGGGCUGCUCACAAAUACACAAAUUCAAAAACUUCCUGCCAGCAGCAAGAGCAGUAACAGAACCUUCUGACGUAAAUUGUGUAACUGUUUGCAGUGAAACAACGACAACAUAUCCUAUGUCAACAACAGAGGUAACAUCAAAGAUGACUGGAAGUACAUCUGAGGCGACAGAAAACACUUCGCAUGAAUCUGAGAGCACAACAUCAGCGUCUGAAACAACUUCACAGGGAUCUGAAAGUACCUCACAAGGAACUAAAGAAACAGGAGGCACAUCAGAAGAGACAGGAAGCACGUCUGAGGAGACAGGAAGCACAUCUGAGGUGACAGGAAAAACAUCUGAGGAAACAGGAAGCACAUCAGAAGAGACAGAAACCACCUCAGCGAGACCCAAGAGCACAACAUCAGGAUCUGUAAGCACUUCACAGGGAUCUGAAACCACAACAUCAGGGUCUAAAGGAACCUCAGAGGGACCCCAGAGCACAACAUCAGCGUCUGCAAGCACCACACAGGGAUCUGAGAGCACAUCAGAUUCUGGAAGCACCACUCAAGGAUCUGAGAGCACAACAUCAGUGUCUGAAAUCACAACACAGGGAACAAACAGCACAACAUCUGGGUCUGAAAGAAUCUAACCUCAGAGGGAUCUGAGAGCACAACAUCAGGGUCUGAAAGUACUUCACAGGGAUCUGAGAGCACAACCAUCAGGGUCUGAAAGUACUCACAGAAUCUGAGAGCACAACAUUAGCGUCUCAAGGAACCACAGAGGGACCGGAGAGCACAUCAGAGUCUGAAAGCACUUCACAGGGAUCUCAGAGCACAACAUCAGCGUCUGAAGAGACAGAAAGCACAUCCGAGGAGACAGGAAGCUCAUCUGGGGCGACAGGAAGUACCUCUGAGGAGACAGGAAGCUCAUC